GAGAGCACGUUACUUUCAUAUCACCUCUGGGAUUCGUGACUGUUGUACGAAUACGUGAAAAUUAAUUUGCAUAGAUCGCAGUUUGUUUAAUUAAAAUUAUUACAGUGAUGUGAAACGAUUUUGUGUGUGUGCUUUUGUUUUGGUACCCAACCCUCAUAAGAAUGACUACAUUACAUCUUUUUAAAAGUGAUUCAGGUGAUCAUCUUCAAAUCACAUGAUACCAUGUAGACUAAUGACGUCACUUAUAGUUAGCUAUGACGUUAUGAGUUAAAUGCUAAGUGAAAUACAAUGUGAACAAGUGAUGGUGAAGACGAUCAAAAUGACUCUUCUGUACUAUAUUGUGAUAUCUUGCUUUACGUGUACUACGUUCCAGUUUAUUGGUACGGUCAGCACGCUAAAAUUCCUCCAAAUCCACGUGCCCAAGGCGGUAUUAACCGGCCAAAACGCGGAGCUAAUGUGCACGUAUGAACUGGAAGGUGCACAGCUGUACUCUAUACGGUGGUACCGUAACAUGAUUGAGUUUUAUCGAUAUGUGCCGAAGGAAUCGCCGGCUACUAAAGUAUUCCCCGUAGCUGAGAUAAAGGUUGAUGUAGCAAGGUCGGAUCAGAAUCGAGUGGUGCUAACAGAAGUAGAUAGAACAUUAACCGGGGAAUACCAGUGUGAAGUGUCUGCAGAUGCACCACUCUUCCAUACUGACAUCAAAGCGGCGGAGAUGGUGGUCGUUGAACCACCGUUCAUCGGGCCCAACAUAACAUCAGACCGCAUGACGUACGUCGGCGGUGAUCACAUACAAGCGAACUGCUCAUCACCUCCUUCCCUACCAGCGGCUAAUAUCACCUGGUACGUCAAUGAACAAAUGGUGCCGAGUUUCACAGCGAACCACGUGACGAACUUCAGCAAUGGCUACGCGUCGAGUUUGUCCACUUUGGAACUGGAAACAGCUGUGCUUUCACCUCUGCCGAUGCUUAUGAUACGAUGCGAAGCUUCAAUAUUCGAUGUGUGGAAAUCAGCAAGUCACGCCGUCGUCCUCCGGGAGAGGAAUGCUAACCCAGUGUCGGCGCUGGGACGGAGUUUCACAGGUGGUGCCACAGAAGCUUGCAUACCAACCCUUCGUGUGUUACUAUUACAUCUAUUAUUAAAAUUUCUAUUACAAAACUAUACAGAAAUAAGAUAGCUGAUUCAAAAAUAUUAGAUAGUCAUGUUAAUAAUGUAAGAGUGUAGAAAAGUCAGGGUUUUAAAAUGUAUUAUUAUAAGGAAUUAUUGAAGGAUUCGCUUGUUUUGUUUUGAUCGUUAAAAUGAUGUAGAUUAGUGAUUAUGAAGGUACGUGU